AUGCCUGCAGCCUCAGACGCAUCCUCGUUGGCAUCAAGUGCAAGCUACAACUCAGCUGAUUUCAGGCCCAAUACACCCCCACCGCCUGCACGACCAUGGAAGUAUCUCGAACACCCAGACGCGGAUGAAUGGCUUAGAGGGCCUCGGGAGGAACACAACUAUCCUAAUCUCGGGGAUUUCGUCGUACUAUCGAUCGAUCCUCUCGCCACGGUCGGCCACCUUGACGCCAUCGCAAAGCGGGCUGCCCAACAACUUCCCAUCCGAAAAUAUGUGGCUCUUGCGCUACAAUCGUUCGGGCUGCCCUUGUCCACCAAACCGACUCACUCUUUCGACUUCAUGUUCGUCCGGAAAGGUCGACCACAACCUAGGCUUCGCGAACUUGAUACCGAGGAUUCCUGUAUCUCCAUUCUUCCCAACGAUACAGCCGUCAGCUCCUGUCCUCCCGUACGCCCAGCGCAUCCUCUACCAUGGGGCGACUGCUAUCUGGACGCGACGUACGGAUUCCCUCAGUCUUGUCGUGUGACAUCCACCCGCCGAGACUACGUCCCGGUGUUGCCGAUCCUGGACUCUGAAGUCAUCCGCAUUACUUCUCAUCUUCGGCCAUAUUGGUCUAAGAUCCACGAUCUCAACACAGGAAACGGUGCAAAUUGGUCCCAACCGCUCGACUUCGUCUCGCCUGCGCCAUUGUCCUCGAAGGAGUGCUCUGCCGACGGCGUCCCCGCACCAUCAGAAGGAGCACACCCAUCGGUCAUCGACUCGACUGGCAAUCUACGCGUGGUCUCUGUCGAUAAAGCCGAGCCCAACCCUAAUUCUGCUCAAGACGACGUUUCUGUGAUAGCCAGUGAUGAUGGCGCUCGAAACGAACCGGAGCCGGAUACUGACGCCGAAGAGGAUUUGGAUAUGCUUCUCAACUUUGAGAGCAUGAUGAUGGACGCAGGCGAAGUGCGGGACCCUGUCGUCAAUGUAUGUUACAACCUCGAUGUGGUUACCGAAAUCGUCGACCCUGUUCACUUCCUAGAAGAUGUCAAGCGUCUUCACAUGAUCAUGGACGAGGCGGAAAUCCGCUUAGGUUUACGUCCGGAUCCGGCAGCAACGGAGGCGCUCUCGGAGCAUUCAAGCAUUGUCGACGACCACGGAAGCCAGCGCUCUGUCGACAGAGACGCCGCAACGUCGGCACCUUCCGAUGUUGUCCAGGAGAGCGCUCCCGAAACUCUGACUUCGAGGCCAGCGGCACGGGGAUUGCGAGCCGGUGUCAAUCGUGCGGCAUUGAAACUAUUCUCUUAUACUCGCUCUCUUGUUCAAAAGCUACCGUCGUCGCGUCAUAGGAAGAUGGAUGAGCUGGAACGGGACGAUAUAUGA